AGCCUCAAUGCUUUAAGACACUUGUACAUACUAGUUCGAUCCUGGCUAUCUACAGUUAGCUUUGAAGCUUCAUAGACAAAGCUUAACAGAUGGCAAUCGAAGCAACCCACGGCUCUGAAGUCCAAGAUACCGUCGCGAUCGGGCCAGAGCAAGAAGCCUUACAAGCCUGGAGGGAGAGAUGCAAUAUCAACACUGAUGCUCAGAUUCGGCUGGUUAAACUGUCGCACAUGCGAUACCAGCAUCCGGAUCUUGAUGAGAUCACUGUGUUUCUUCGGGACUUUGGAAUGGAAAUCGCAAAGAGAAUAGAUGACCAGAUUUGGUAUCGAGGCUACGGAACUGAUCCGUACGUUUACUAUGCGAAGAAGGGACCGAAGGAGUUCCUUGGGGGGUCGUUCUUGGUGGAGUCUUAUCAGGAUUUGGAGAAAGCAACACAAUUACCAACAUCUGGGGGGAUAACGAAACUCACUGACGCCCCCGGAGGAGGAUACAUGGUUACUCUGACAGACCCGGACGGAUUCCCGAUCAACCUCAUAUACGGACAAACACCAGCACCCCCUGGAAAGUUCCCCGAGAAGCUCGCCUACAACUACGAGACCGACAAACCACGAGUCCGCAAAUUCCUGCGCUUCAACCCAGGCCCCGCUGCCGUGCACAAGCUCGGCCACUACGGCGUCUGCACCACCAAAUUCGACUCCCUCGUCGACUUCUACACCCGCACCUUCAACAUCGCCCCCAGCGACUUCCUUUACAUCGAUGCCGCCGACCCCACAACCCCCAACGGCAAGAAAAACGUCGCCCUCUUCGCACACAUCGACCGCGGCUCCACCCACGUCGACCACCACUCCUUUUUCAUGUCCUCGAACCCAACCUCGCACGUGCAUCACUGUUCGUUCGAGAUCCACGACUUCGAUACCCAGAAACUGGGCCACCAGUGGCUUGCGAAUAAGGGGUAUGAGGCUGUGUGGGGCGUUGGGAGGCACAUUCUGGGAUCGCAGAUUUUUGAUUACUGGUGGGAUACGACGGGGAAUAUGAUUGAGCAUUAUGCGGAUGGGGAUUUGGUUAAUGAGGAGACGCCGGUCGGGUAUGGGCCGGCGGGGGAUGAGUCGUUGGCGGUUUGGGGGCCGGAGGUGCCUUCUUGGUUUUUGCAGUAGUUGGGUUGGUGCUGGAUAUCAUAUUAUAUGAAAAUCAAGUGUAUUCAUUGCGGUGGU